AAGGGGAAACCAAAUCUGUCAAGGCAAGGAAGAGAAAAGUAAAGGAGACGCUUUCAUCCUUGAACAUGAAUGUUGGAGAGCAUUUUGACCCUCCUGUAAUCGCGGUCUUGGGAUCGGGGGGUGGACUCCGAGCCAUGAUUGGUUUUCUGGGAACAAUUUCCAAACUGGCCGAACUCAACCUUUUAGGUGCCGUUACAUACAUCGGUGGGAUAUCUGGAUCAACAUGGUGUAUCUCCUCUCUGUAUUCUGAAAGUGACUGGUCAGACUUUUCACGUAUGGAAGGUUUGGAGAUUGAGUUAUGUGAGCAAAUCAAAUCCGAGAAUGAGCGCGACUGGACCGAGCCAUGGAAGAAGAUGAAGGAGAAAUUUCUUGGAAACUCCUUCUCUCUGACAGAUUUCUGGGCCUAUACAUUUGUGUUCUCCGUUAUAAAUGUAAUCAAUGAAGGAAAGCUUUCCAGUCACCAGAAGAUGUGCGAGGAUGGUAAAGUCCCGUAUCCCAUCUACUCUGCUGUGGCACAGGAUAAAAUCCAUGAACAUGAUUCAGAAGUUUGGUUUGAGUUCACCCCACACAGGUCAGGAUUUCCUUCCAACAAAUGCUAUGUAAAGACUGAGCAUCUGGGAUGUCUGUUUAAAGAAGGACUUUUAUUGGAGGAGCAGCCAGAACAUGACUUGAUUUAUCUUCAAGGUGAGCCGAAUCGCAAAUCUUGCCUGUACAAUUUAUCACAGCGCCAAAUCGGAUGA